AUGGGCUUUGGCAACUCGGAGUCGCUACUUGUCACGUCACUCGGUGCUUUCAAAGAGAUCUACCUUCCGAAAUCAUACACCUACAUCAAGCCAGAGUUUAGCAAAAGGCUCAUGGCCCCAGUAUUGGGCUAUGGACUGAUCUUUCAAGAAGGAGACGAAGCAAGAACACAGAGGAAACUGAUAAGCGCGCUAUUCGGUCUGACCAGCAUCAAGCGCACCAUCCCAACCUUCCAAAAGAAGGCCAAGCGUAUAUGUCAAUUGUUUGAUCAGAAGAUUGAAAACGAAAACGGACUUGUCAAUGCACUAGACGUUAUCAGCGAGUUUACCUUGGGGAUAGAUCUUCAGACAACUCUAACACCAUCGGUUUUCCACGAGUCUUACAACCAGUGCUUUGACCCUUCCACGUUCGGCUGCAUUCUGAUCGCCAUUUACGCAAUCUUUCCUGCCAUCCGCUCGUUUCCGCUGGAAGAAAAUCGCAAAUACAAAGCUGCAAACGCCUUGGUCCGCUCCGAGAUUCGGAAGCUAAUACAAAUGAGGGAGGCCGAGCUUGCUGAGAAACCACUCAACUCAGAGGACACACCCAAUGUCCUUACACAUAUGCUCUUGGAGUCGAAGGCUAUGGGCCAUCCCUUGUCGGAAGAUCAGAUCCUGCAGAAUAUCCUCAAUUUCUUCGCCGCCGGCCAUGAGACGUCUGCUACAACGAUGGUCUGGUGUACUCAUAUGUUGACGCGUCACCCAGACAUCCAGGAGAAGGUUCGAAAGGAGGUUAGUGAGCUCAUCAAUCGAAAGCCAAAUCCCGAUUACUACGACCUAGAGAGCCUUCACUACACCGACAAUGUUCUGAAGGAGACUCUUCGACUCUGCUCCCCUGGGAUUGUUGCAGCCAGGGAGCCUGUUCAUGACGUGGAGAUCUGCGGGACCAUUGUGCCAAAGGGUACGCCACUGGUGUUGAUGCCAACGAUCGUUAAUCGCAACCCUAUGAUUUGGGGCGAGGACGCCGACGAGUUCAGGCCUGCGAGAUGGGACAGCCUGGCGGGGGAGGCUUCGGAUCCUCAUGCCAUGACUAGCUUUCUGAUGGGUCCACGAUCCUGCAUUGGGAGAGCUUUUGCAAUGUUAGAGAUGAAGAUGAUUCUGGUCGAGGUGAUGUCCAAGUUCAAACUCGAGCCGGCUGUUGAAGAGAAGGAUAUUGUUCUGGUGAACCCCAGCCCCGCUUUACGUGUCAAGGGAGGUCUAAAGGUAAACGUUUCUCGGUUGUGA